GCAUGAAUACCAACAGUGAUCAACCCCUGAAUUGCCUCGAUAUCGCCCACCUGUGCAAACACCGCACCCCCCUGGAGACCUUCAGAAGGGUGGGUGUCCCCAUCAUCAUAGCAGUGCUGAUCCUGGCCACCAUCGUCGUCGUGGCUGUCCUCAUCACGGUGGUCCUGAACCAAUACUACUUCGUCUGCGGGCAGCCCCUCCACUUCAUCCCCAGGGCGCAGCUGUGUGACGGCCAGCAGGACUGCGCCUCGGGGGAGGACGAGCAGCACUGCGUCAAGAGCUUCCCCCAUGGGCCCCCGGUGGGAGUCCGCCUCUCCAAGGACCGAUCCACCCUGCAGGUGCUGGACCCGGCUACGGGGGCUUGGGCCUCCGCCUGUUUCGACAACUUCACGGAAGCUCUGGCCAAGACAGCCUGUGGGCAGAUGGGCUAUGACAGCGUGAGCAGCAAACCCACCUUCAGAGCCGUGGAGAUUGGCCCAGGCCAGGAGCUGGAGGUCGUUGAAAUCACAGAACACGGCCAGGAGCUUCGGGUGCAGAACUCAAGUGGGCGCUGUCUCUCUGGCUCCCUGGUUUCCCUGCACUGCCUUGCCUGUGGAGAGAGCCUGAAGGCCCCUCGGGUGGUGGGCGGGGAGAAGGCCUCUGUGGAAUCUUGGCCUUGGCAAGUCAGUGUCCAGUACAGCGGACAACACAUCUGUGGAGGGAGCAUUCUGGACCCCCACUGGAUCCUCACAGCUGCCCACUGCUUCAGGAAGCAUCUCGAUGUGCCCAACUGGAAGGUGAGGGCUGGUGCAGACAAAUUGGGCAACUCCCCAUCCCUGCCUGUGGCCAAGAUCUUCAUCAUUGGGCUCAACACCACGUACCCCAAAGAGGAAGACACUGCCCUCGUGAAGCUUCAGUUCCCACUCACAUUCUCAGGCACAAUCAGACCUAUCUGCCUUCCCUUCUCUGAUGAGGAGCUCAUUCCAGCUACCCCAGUCUGGAUCAUUGGAUGGGGCUUUACAGAGCAGGAUGGAGGAAAGAUAUCCGAUGUGCUGCUGCAGGCGUCAGUCCAGAUCAUUGAUAGCACACGGUGCAACGCAGAAGAUGCAUAUGGGGGAGAAGUUACCGAAAAGAUGCUGUGUGCAGGCAGCCUGGAGGGCGGUGUGGACACCUGCCAGGGUGACAGCGGCGGGCCCCUGAUGUACCACUCUGACCAGUGGCAGGUGGUGGGCAUCGUGAGCUGGGGCCAAGGCUGUGGGGACCCGCAUACCCCAGGGGUGUACACCAAAGUCACAGCCUAUCUCAACUGGAUCUACAGCGUCCGGAAGUCUGAGCUAUAAUGCUUCCUCCCUGUCCUGCCCACCUGGGGAUCCUCCAGAAAUCAGACAAAAAGCAUCAGCUCCCCGGGACACACCCUCUCUGCCCACAGCCUCAGCAUUUCUUGGAGCAGCAAAAGGCCUCCAAUAGCUGGAAGAGAUCCCCAGCCCACACGUGUCCAGGAGGAGGUCUGCGGUGCUAGCCCAGCAUCCCAGAGAGAGGUGCACCCACUGAAGUAUCCAUCCCCGGGGCCGUGAUCUCAGAAGGCAUUGCUAAGCUGAGAAGGAACUUGCCCACAGGACUGGAUGGAGGCAGGCUCUCCAGUGGGAGCCGAGAUCACCAGGGCUGCAGUGGGAGAAGGAGAGGGUCUGAGACAGCCUCUCCUUCUCCACCCAUCCCCCAGCCCCCUACCCCCAAGCAAGAAAUCAGUUGAAGGUGAAAUGUACUGUUCUACU